AUGUCUGCCACUACCAACAUGCCAACCUCUCCUAUUCAGCACCGAGAUAUUCGAUCUGAGGCCCAGGCCUUCAAACGUGAUAAGGAUCAAUCCCAGAAAUGGGCUAUGGGAACUCGUCCGCUCGCUGGCGUCAAUCGGGCUAUCAUCUAUUCGACUGAUGGUCCUAUGGAAUCUUCGAAGGGGAAGGAGAAGGUUAGACCUCAAAAGUCGUGGAGUCAAAUAGUCAAUACCGACCGACACCCCCGCAACAACUCUAAUACCACUCCUAAGCCAUUCGGGGCUCCAUCCUACCACCACGGUCCUACCUCUUCUUCCCGUAUCGCCCGCCAGAUUGAUGCUCAUAUCGAGGCUGCGGAUAACGCUUCACACCCCCUUUCUAAGUCCUUACUCGACCUUCUUCCUACACAUUAUAAUAAUACAUCUCCAUCCAUCGCUACCGCAGCGAUGAAUGCUGGUGAUGAGGGUGUUCUUUACUCUUUUGAUAGAAAAGACACACCAAAUAACAGAGUUGAUUUGAGUGGGUUAGUGGAUCUAGCAGAGCAGAAAUGGGUCAAUGAGCAAACCGAGAAGAUCGUUAGGGGUGAAUAUGAAGUUUUGGAUGCAGAGGGAGAAACUGUUCUUCAAAGACAAAGAGGCAGAAAGAGUCCGAGAUCUAAGGCACUGUCCCGUGCUCGUGGAGAUGGUAAGACUAAGACUAAAGGUCAGGAGCCAGAACCUCUUGAAGAUGAUGGGUUUGAACUCAUUUAA